GCAAGCGCUGCUGGGUGAGACGGGCCUGCUGAAGCACCAGGCAAUAAUCUUGGCCUCCCACUCCACCGCUCUGGCGGAGGUGGCAAACCAGGUACUCCUCUUGGGCACUCCGGACUCCGCAGAAGAGUCCAAGGUACUCUUCCAGGGCAAGUGGAAAGACUUGCUUGAGCAGAAGCCUUUGCUGGAGCUGAUCGGACAGGCUGAUGUGGAGGUCUCCGAUACCCCAGACGUCGAGGAACGCGAGAAGAUCUCGAAGGCCAUGGAGCUGUCGCUGGGGUCCGUCCAACCCAGCAUGAUGAAGGAGGAAGACCACAGCGCUAGCAUCACCUGGCGCUGCGUAAAGAUGUACCUGCAGUCCUCCGGAGGCUGGACGGUUGUGCUCAUCUUCUUCUUGAGCUCGGCUUUGGAGCGCUUGGUGAUGGUGGGUUUGGAUUGGUGGCUGGCCCGCUGGACAGAAGAGGCGUCUCCAGAUGAACUGGACCUCUACCUGGGCGUGUACUUGGCAUUCCUCGGGGCUGUCUCAGUCCUUGCCUGCAUCACUCGUCUUCUCAUGCCGUUUACGACCAUUUGGGCGGGCGCAGCUCUAUUCAAGAAGCUCGCACUCCGGGUGGUGCGAGCGCCGAUCCGCUGGUGGGACACCACUCCCCUGGGCCGUGUGCUGAACCGCUUCAGCUUCGACACGGACAACGUAGACACCACGCUGAUCACCAAGAUGUACCCUGCGAUCGUGUCUCUGAGCUGGUGCGUGGGGGCUCUAGCAGUGAUGACGGGCACAUUCUGGCCUUGGUCGCUGUUGUUCAUCCCCCUGCCGGUGGUCUUGUACUUCUGGCUCUUCCAAUUCAGCCGGAAGUCCAUCCGCCAGUUCCAGCAACUGGACAGCGUGUCCCGGAGUCCCAUUCAGUCCGUGUACACCGAGGUGCUGAACGGCAUCGUGAGCUGUCGCGCCUUUGCGUGCGAGAGUCGAUACCAGCAGCGGCUCUCGCAGCUGGUGGAUGCCAACUCAGCUGCAGUUCUCACCUUCAACACCGCCAACCGCUGGCUGGGCGUACGCGUGGAGCUUUUGGGCGCCUUCAUCAGCGCCUUGGUGGGCCUGGGCUUUUUCGCGCUGCGGGAGCAAGUGCCCGCGGGCCUCGUGGGCAUGUGCUUCAUCUGGACCACGAACCUGGCCGUGUCGCUGGGCUUCAACUGCAUCUUCUCCAGCCAAGCGGAGGCGUGCUUCACCUCCGUGGAGCGGAUCACGGAAUACGCCCUGGAGGUGCCCUGCGAAGGCGAGCACCAAGAUUUGGACACUUGGAGGAGCCCUGUGGCGGCGGAAGUGUUCGCCAGCUCGAGCCAGCCGUUACUGAUGUUCCAGAAGGUGUCUCUGCGGUACCAGCCGGACUUGCCGCUGGCACUGAAUUCGGUGUCCUUCACUCUGAACCGCAAGGAGCGCCUGGCGGUGGUGGGCCGCACCGGCUCCGGGAAGUCCACGCUGGCGGUGGCUUUGUUCCGGCUGUGUCCCAUCGAGGGGGGCCAGGUUCGAUUACUGGGCCAGGACCUCGCGCAGUUGCCCUUGGAUGUGGCACGGCGAUCCAUGGGCAUCAUCACUCAGGACCCUGUGAUCUUCAGUGGCACAGUGCAGUACAACCUCGACCCCUUCGGGGAAUUCGACGACCAGACCUGCAUGGAAGCUCUGCAGCAUGCGCAGCUGGCGUUAACGCUCAAGAGCCCCAUCGAGCAAGCAGGCUCCAAUCUCUCCGUGGGCGAGCGCCAGCUCCUGUGCCUGGCGCGGGCGCUGCUUCGAAAGCCCCGGCUUUUGGUGUGCGACGAGGCCACCAGUUCGGUGGAUGCCAAGACGGACCAAAGUGUCCAGCUCUGCCUGCGCCGAGCGGUGCAGACAUUUGAGGCAAGCCUUUUGACCAUCGCACAUCGUCUGAUAACUGUCGCGGACUAUGACAAGGUCAUGGUCCUUCAAUCCGGGCAGCUGGCGGAGCUCGGAGCGCCGGGCGAGCUGCUGCGCACGCCGGACUCGGCGUUCUCGCAGCUGGUCCAGUCGAUGGGCUCCUUUGAAGCCGCGGCCAUCCGCCAAGCAGUCUCCGCAAGCACUCGCACGACCUUGUGAUCUUAUGCGCUGAUUCAGAGAGGCAAGGGACACGCGGAAGUAUGGAGGCGGUUGCGCACUUUCGUGAUUUUGUGACACCUGGCUCCGUCCUAGCAGGUGUCCUGAAUCGGAGCGCUUCUGAGACCAUGCAUAGAAGGCACUCGAUUCCCCGAUAG